UUGAAUUCGACCAGAACAACAAGUGUCCUAUUUAAAGCCGCGGGUGGUUAGCCAGGUGUAAGGAAUCUUGGCUUUUAAUAUACAUAUUGCAUUGACACAACAACCAACCGAGAAGCCCCCAUAUGCUUGCUGAUCUAGUGCAGAACCUAUGCGAAAUUGUAGUUGAACGGCGUGGCACCGAGAGAAUUUUUGUUGUGAGUGUACUUUUUUUGUAUUAUGCAAGGAAAAAUGCCGAUUGACAGAGCACGAGGCCGGCAAAGGAACCGCAAUAGAAAUAUGCCGGAAACUCUCCUCGAGAACCAUUUGCAAAAGCUUUUCAAGGAGCAGGAGCUACUUCACCAGCUACUAAUCAGCAAUCGUCCCGGAAUAAAGACCCAGUCGGAAAAUCUUGACGGCGAAAGUAUCGAUGAUGAAAAUUUGCCAGGUUUUAAGGAGAAGGAGGUGGGGGAAGACCGAAAGGAGCCACAGAACUAUCCAAUCCUCGCCGAAAUGGUGGACUCAUCGAUUCCUCCGAAAUUAGAAGAUCUUCCAAAACUUCCAUCACGAAGGUAUCCAUAUUGCAGGAACCAAAGCUUGAUCCCAAUGCCCAUUUCGGUGGGCAACUGCACACAACCCAAGGUAAUGGGCCAGGGCUUCGACACGCCCUUUCUAUACCCCGAAUUUAUUUCCAAAAACGAGGAAAAUCGCGUAAAGUACAUCUUAAGUUUGGUGGAUAGUCUGGUAUUGCAAAUAGAGCGAUUAUUAAAAUUGAGCGAGCAUUCUAUGCCCAAAGAAGACAUUAAAAAGCCCUCCACUGGAGCUGUACCAAAAUCCAGGCCUAAACAGGAAUUCCAAACAGAUCAGAUGGGCCAUGCAAACUAUACCAUUACUGUCAAUUCUCGUUUUAAAAAGCCAAGGCAACACAAUCCAUCCAAAAAACAUCGUUUGGCCACAAGUAAUACAAAUUCGUACAAUAAAUUGCCGGACAUAAUCGAUUUGGAUUGUGAGUUCGGAAUGGAGUAUAUAGAAAAGUUUCGAGCCAACAACUUUCGAGAUAAUUUUAGGACCAAAGCCGUGUUCGAUAAUCAAGAAAUAUACACUGAUACUACGGAUUCGAUUGGAAUAAUGGCAGAGGAUGAAGAAGAUCUAAACGAACCCCAGAUAACUAUUAUUUCGACCUCCGAAACCUCUAGCGACAUAUCGUUCCUUGAAAUUGCGAUGGCCAACUCAUUCCAAACAAAGAGAAGAUGUAAGAAGACACAAGAUGACACCAGCGCUUUUCGACCAAGAACACCCAUUACUAGACCCUCUACUCCCAUCGAUGAUGAUGUUCCCAGUACAUCGGCACAGGCUAAAUUUUAUCAGCCAUUUAAAGGUCCAUCGGAUACCGAGGAGAGCGAAUCAAGUGUCUUAAACAUGUGGCAACUAUUAAAAGCCGAUGGUAAGUCACGAAAAUAUUUCAAUAACAUUCAAAGAGACAUCGCGACGACCACACAACCAAACGAAUUGGAGGAUUGGCAAUCGGAUAUCGUCUUGUUUAUUAGAGAAUUUAAUAAUGCAAAACGAAGGCGACGACAAGCAAAUAAGUACAAAUAUCAGAAAUUACCACCUUUAGAUCGAAAGUCAGUGAUGAAAGUGAAGAAAAAAUCUCUUUCUGUAGACUCUUUUGUGUCUACAGAAAGGUCAAACGUGUGCUCAAAAUUCUGUAGAGAAUAUAAAACGCAAAAAGAAUGGUUUAACGCGGAACGCAAGUUUAAAAGACUUCAGUACCUAUUAUUUUAUAGACCACAAGAUCUCUUCGAGCCCAGGAUAAAAUGGACCGAAAAAGUACAGUGUGGCAUUCCACGCAGAUGUCUCAAUGUUAUUCGUAACCAAACCAUACCGGUGCAACCUAAAAACAUGCAAAAAAUAGACAUACCCCAUGGUCCUGUUGAAGAAAAAAAGGUCCCAGAUAAAAAUCCCGAUCAGGAUUUCAGGUCACUAGAAAGAGGUGAAUGGUUAAAGAGACUUUUAAUAGACAAAGGUCGCUUGGGUCAAUAUCAGAGGUUGGAGCAUUUGAUAACACCAGAGAAUCCUCUAAAAGCCAUUUACUUACCGAUUCUCCAUCGAGUGAAGACCUCGAAAAUAUAUAAAGAGGAACCAAAGCCAUUUUACAAUAAACAUAGUUCCUCUUCGAUUUAUUUAAGUAGUAGUACUAACUUUGGUUCAAAGAUCAGUAGCCAGAAUAGUACUACUUACAUAUCACCCGAGCCCGACUCGGGAGCUUCGCUUUAUACUAUAUUUUACGAUGCCAAAAACACAAAGUCGGUGACCGCUAGCUCAACCGCUUUUCGUGACUAUUUCGUCAUCGAAACGGAUAGCGUUUUCAGCUCUAAUGACACAAGCGAUCCACAUAUUUCUAGUAGCCUAACAAUAAGUGAGGAAAUGCAAGAACUUCAACAAAAACUCGAUAAACCAUCUGCAGAGGAUACACGCACAGAAAAUGUGGAUUUUAGGAGAUUCAUCGAUAUAGAUUAUGUAUCGCUACUCAUCCUGCAGCUAAUGUCAAAUAUGAAACCCAAAAAGGACACACAUCUUUUCGAAUUUCAUCCCAAGAUUACUAAUUAUAUGUAUUCUUUUUACUGGGAACAUUUAAAAGACGAUAGUUUAUUCUUUCAUUGGUUCGUCAGCGAGGGUUUUUUUCCGGCUCAUUAUCUUAUUUAUGUGAAAAAUGCCGAGGAACUGGAGGACGAUUCGUAUGAUCAGCUAGAUGAGGAGAUUAUGCAGUAUAUAGAUGUAGCAAAUGACGCUAACGCAAAACAAAUACAUUUAACAAGGCAAAUGGCGCACCUAAUGGUGACCUCAUAUUUUCGAGUUCUAUAUCAUAGAGCCAUAUCGAUUGAGUACCCCAUCCUAGAUAGAUAUUUGCUCAGAUGUCGCUCGGCCAUUUCUAUAGUUGAACUCUAUCAACAGGAGAGAGGUCGUAAUAUAUUGAAAAAUCGGGUCGAUUGUAAGCGACUUAUGAAUUGGGCCAUCAAAAACGAGGGUCGCGUUAAACAGCUGAACGACGAGCCUUUGUACUAUGCCGAGCAACGGGCUAGCAUUAAUACCUCCCUGGUUAUGCGUACCCCAAAUUUGGAGUGCUUCAAGGAGUUUUACACUCGUCAGGUAUUGCCCAAACCGGAUGCACUUGCCAUUAAUCCCAUGUUCAAAAAAAUUCAUUAUCCGAGAAUUAGAAAAUCUUCACAUAUAACGUUUGUGUGCCCCAUUCCUGGUUGCGCAACGAGUCUUAGCUCCGAGAUUCUUUUGGCACACUUUUUAUCCGAUCAUUGUCGCCGAUUGGAAGAACUUUGGCUUACAGAUCGUAUGAUUCUAUUGUUCUAUCCGUGUUCCUAUCCACCAAAUCAGAUUUACUGCAUUUGUGUAAUCGCCUUGUUGGCCAAAAUGCCCAACGAGAUUGUCCCGAUACCACAAGUUGUAUUUAACGAGGAAUUACCAACGAAAUAUCUAUAUUUUGCUGAACAUGGAGCAUGUUUCCUUAUGUUCGCUCCGGUUUCAAGAUCAUUAGUCGAGGGAAAGGCGACGCAUAAAAUUUCCGCGGAAAUAGAUGUUGAAAUGGAAUUAGACACUUUGUAUAUAUUUUGGCUAGCUAUUGCCGAUUAUGAACUCGAGGUAGCGGGAUGUCGACUUUUUUUGUAUGGCCAGGAUCGCGGUGUCAAGGCUAAGUCUCUAUUGACAUUUGUGAAAAUGUCCAAGUUUAAAGGUGUGGCCGAUUUGCUUGUAACACAUCCAGAUAGCUAUCUGGCCAUCGACUAUGAGGCAAUGGCUUCGCUGACCAAAAAUUUCAAGGACCUUCUUUAUAUCGAGGUACGAUACGUUAAUAAGUUGAAUGAGGAUCCCAAUAGUUCUGGUGAUGACAGUUUUGAUGCUUAAAUUACAGGAAGAACCUUUUAAUGAGGCAACUUGAAUGGAUAUUUGCAGGCAAUGUGCUUAUCAUUUUGAUACAUAAUUUAAAUAUAUUUUAUACUCCUUAAUAUUGCUCAAUAAAAAGACACUUGUGGUGGUGGGAAUAAAAAUACAAUAAUAU